AGCAGCCACAGAACCGGAAUGUUUAAUAACUAUCGUAUAUAUUACGCUAAGCAUUUAUCUCUUAAGUACUUCGUGUGUGCUUGGCUUUAUCUUGUACUGAAUUAGUGGUCACACUUUAUAGCAUAUAACUUGUUUCUGUGGAUCUUUCGAAGAGUUUUCGGAUGCAGGCUGUAAAAGGGAGUUUUGAAGACGUUUAUUAUUUAUAAAACUAAAUAGUUUGCUUUAACUCCCUCUGUUAUAUGCAUUGCUUGUAAAUAUUUACAGGGAGAAUAUUCUUAGUUUUUGUUGUUUUCCAGCACAUCUUUGAUUUUACAUCUGUAAGUAGUUCUCCGUUAAAGUAAGUGACCUGGUUGACAAGCAGUAUAUAUCUGGACUAUUAUGGAUUAUUUGGCCACGAGGCUGGAUGUAGAGGAUGAAUAACAGCGGUCCGAGAACUGAGCCCUGGGGAACACCGUCUGAGCAACAGCGGCAGUAACAGCCAUGCAGUGUUUCAGGAGAAAAGUAGGUGCUCGGCUUGAAGAGGAAUUGGUCUUCUGUAUUAAAUCAGCAAUUAGAGGUGGAUUUGUUCGGUACAGGCAGUCGAUGAUAGACCGAGGUCGCUCACGAUCAGAAAUAGUCCCAGAUAAAGCCUCUAACGCUCCCUGAAAGCGGUGCAACACACCUUCAGAUUCCCGCUGGCUGAUGCUAUGAUUCGGAGCCUGGGUUGGUUUGUUUAGCAUGCUACAUAGUGCUUUGGGAAUAUUUUUAGCUUUGUUAACGAUGCUGGAGAUAUAAGAAGAGCGGGCUGCACUCAAGGCAGUUUUGUGGCUCUUGAUGUAAUCAGAAUAAACAGUUAAACCCGUUUUCCUAAAAAGACGUUCAAGUUGUCUGCUUUCUGCUCCGCGCCUCACUUCCGGUUCUGAAAGCGCUGGUGCUGCUGGAUGAGAUGUCGCGGCCGCGGUGCAUGCUGGGACUGUGGGUCCUCCAGGCGCGCCUCCAUCUUUAAACCCCAGAGAAGAAGCGCUUCCGCUCCGGACUCGCACCGGAUCUGCGCCCACAUCCACAGCUCUGACACACGGGCUCCGGAGCUGCGGUAAACCGACACCGAGCGCCGGGGACACGCACCGCUCCUUCUCUUCUCUCGGAGAUGAGCAGAGGAAGAUGUCGGUCUCGGGACUGAAGGCCGAGCUGAAGUUCCUGGAGUCCAUCUUCGACCCGAACCACGAGCGCUUCAGGAUCCUCGACUGGAAACCGGACGAGCUGAGCUGCCAGUUUAACGUUACCGGAGACCAGCUGCUGAUCAUCCACUGCAACCUCACGGAGUCUUACCCGUCGACGCCGCCGAUAUGGUGCGUGGAGUCCGAUGACCCGAGCCUGACGCAAGUGCUGGAGCGGCUGGAGGACGUCAGGAGGAGCAGCACACUGCUCUUGCAGCAGCUGAAGAGGCUGAUCUGUGAUCUGUGCCGCCUCUAUAAUCUCCCUCAGCACCCCGAUGUGGAGAUGCUGGACCAGCCUCUGCCUGCAGGACCUGUCAACCAGGACAGAAAGCUUGGGACGAAAGAUGAGGUCACAUCAGAGGAGGAGGAGGAAGAGGAGAUGGCAGAGGACAUCGAUCUGGAGCACUACGAGAUGAAAGAGGAGCCGGUGGAUGGGAAGAAGUCUGAGGAUGAUGGGAUCGAGAAGGAGAACCUGGCCGUCCUGGAGAAGAUCCGCAAGAACCAGCGGCAGGACCACUUGAAUGUAAGUGCUCACUCGGGCGCUGUGUCUGGAUCAGUCCAAGCGUCGGAUCGCCUCAUGAAGGAGCUCAGGGAGAUCUACCGAUCUCAGAGUUAUAAAAACGGCAUCUACUCUGUGGAGCUGGUCAGCGACAGCCUGUACGAGUGGCACGUGAAGCUCAGGACUGUGGAUCCUGACAGUCCUUUACACAGCGACCUGCAAGUGCUGAAGGAAAAGGAAGGCAUGGACUACAUCCUCCUCAACUUCUCCUACAAAGAUAAUUUCCCCUUUGAUCCUCCGUUUGUUCGGGUGGUUUCUCCGGUCCUGUCUGGAGGGUAUGUUCUUGGCGGAGGAGCUCUGUGUAUGGAGCUGCUCACUAAACAGGUGCGUUUGCUUUAACUUCCUCCUGGACUGAAGACGCCUCCACUUAACUAAACC